UUUCCUUCCUUCCUUCCCUUGCGAGCAUGCCCUGAUCCUCACUCUUGUUCAACUCUUUAAAUGGCUUUUAAAAGGCCCAGACACCCAUCCGAUACGUCCUCAGACUCUUCACUCUCGCCACCGUCCUCCCCAUCAUCCCCAUCACACAAAUCAUCGAGAAUUUUACCUGACAAGGGCGCACACCAGCUCUUAUGCACUCUGCCACCAACCUGUAAUCACAGACCGACAUAUCUCGCAAAUAGUAAAGACCUAGAAGCCCAUUAUGCUACCUACCAUGCACAUGUAUGCGAAGAGAAGGGGUGUAACUGCGUUUUCCCCGACGCUAGGCUUCUAGAACUACAUCAGACGGAGUGCCAUGAUUCCCUUGCUGCAGUACGCAAGGACAGAGGGGAGAAAAUAUUUGCUUGCUUCCUCGCGUCAUGUCCCAGACUUUUUGGAAAUCCAAAGACCAGACGGCUUCAUCUUAUACAGGCCCAUGCUUAUCCGAAAGAAUACUUUUUCGCUGUAACGAAUAAAGGAGUUGGAGGUUUGCUGAAGAAAUGGGGAGAAGGUGCAAGUAUGCUUCGGGGAGAAUGGAAAAAACGAGAGUACACGGAGGAGAACAAGGAGACGAUUGCUGACGAUAGGAACGAAGAGGCUGGUGUCGGUGACCAUUUGGUCGAUGACACUAGUGAUGGAGAAGAAUCAGACGUAACCGAACGACAAUCCGCAAAGGGAUUCGCGACGAAGAUUGGGGAUACGCGUAAAUCUCUAACUAAUAAUAGUUCAAUCGAGGCACGGGGUGGAAGAGAUCAAGAUAUCGAGGAAUUGAACGAAUCUAUGACUUCCUUAUCGCUUAUCCCCAGUUCGAUACAAUUCGGCCGUGGAAGCGCGAAAGCUGGCUUCAGUCACUCACAUAGCAGUGGGGAUGCAUCUCGCGGCAGGUGGAGGGGUAGAGGCGGGCGAGGGGGAGGAUCGAGAGGAUCGACCGUUCGUGCAGCGAUUGGAACACAUUCCUUGCCGACGGAUGUAGGUUUAGAGGAUGGUGCAAUGGGCAGUGACAAUGCAGCUCCAACGUUCACUCAUACUAGGGGGCGUGGCUCGCGAGGCCGCGCAUUAGCUGGCGGUUCUGCGGCUCCGGUUCGAGGCAACUUUCCACCGCGAAGAAUGUUACGGCGAGGAGGAAGAGGCGCCUAGUGCUGGACCAUAUGUAUGUAGGCAUGAUAUGUUCGAAUAUCGGGAGGAUCUUUGUAUGUAAACUGAUUGGCAGGUUCUCUACGGCUUUGGACCAAUUGAUCGCGCAUAACCAUUCGUGCUCCCGGAGGUUACUCAGGCUCGCCUUUUUAUACAAGCUAUUGAAGGAUAGCGCAAAUCAUCGUGCAAUUUAAAAAUGGGUUGAGAAAUGCAGAUCUUGAUACUAGCUUCCCCCAACCGCCAAAUUUUGAGAUGUCGAGCAAUAGCAAACCUUGUUCCAAGCUUGAAGACGUGCCAAUGGCACAGUUGUGGAAGGAUCAGAGAAAUCCUCAGGUCUGUGACGCGGUUUCGUAUAGGCCAUAUUUCAUUCUUAUCGACAUUGACCACAGACUACCAAAAAUGCUUCAUUCGUAUCCUCUCUGAUUUCAACAUCCAAGGUCAAAUCGCGGUCUGAUUCGGAAGCUUCCCGGUUUCAGUGGUUACUAUCAACACCACCGUGGUUAUGAUUUUCUCGUCGAGAGCAGGGUUGGAAAUAUAUGUAAUAUCGAUUAAUACCGAUACCCCUCCAUUAUGGCAGUAGCUAUCAAAACUGAAAAGUAUAGAUAAUUGGUAUAUGACCCGUAGGAUCGUCUUGAUUAGAUAGGGAAACGACGAUGAGAGACUUGGUAGAGGGUCAACGACAUUGCUCAAUCUUCUACCAUCACCGCGGUCGUCUCUUUUCUACGACCAUUUUUUUCCAGAUUCCGGAACAGAGCCCUUCCACUUGUGCACCAAUGAGAUCUCGCGUCGCCAUGCUUGGAGUGUAAAAUACCCUGCUGGAUGGAUCCCUUCCAGGACGAGAAGCCGAGGAGAAAGGUCGAGAUUGGCGGAGACAUGAUACUGGAUUCGAAGGCAACUCACAGCGCUGGCAUAGCACACACAGUGGAGACACGCCGAUAUAUUUGUACUAUAAUGGGAAGACGAAAAACCGCGCUCCUUGUCCC